ACGGCAUCCCCCCCCGCGGUGAGACGUCCCCUGCCCCGGCUGGUUGUGGUUGGUGAGGUGGCUGCUCCGCGUCGUUCGGACCCCUUCGCCUGGACUGUGGUUGGUGGUCGUAAGGUACUGGAUACAUGCUUAGUUGAUUUAAGCAAAAUCUUGCAUGUUUAAUUCUUUAAGAAUCCAUGAAUGUGUAUAUUUGACUUUUUAACAUGUCUGUUUUGUGUCUGCCUACCUGAGUGUCCAUUUCAACUUUUCCUUAAAGUACAGAUCAUAAACUAGAUAGCAGUUUUUUAAUUGUGUUGAGGGCAAGUAAAACUUUUCAGAAGAUCAUGUAAAUGUCAAAAACCACCUAUUUUGAGAAUGUGAAAGGGAAUUAGUUUUCAAACAUAAAAUAUAAAAUGCAACAUGACAUCCCUUUGUUAUUUGAAAUCUCAUCUUCAAACAAUAAGUAUGGACUGUAUUUUGUUGCUAAGAAAUGGGGGAAACUUGUGCAAGUAAUGGUGAAAAGAGCAACUGUGACAAGUGGUACCAGAAUAAUGGCAAAAACAGUGAGAUAGUGAUAUUGAUUGGUGUCACACACACUUCAUAAUUUAUAUGUAGUUUGUAGAAUCAAAUAUACUUUAUUGAUGUCGAAGGGGAAAUUGCUUAUUUGCUGAAAAGGUGGAUCAUCCAAGGUGUAAAUAUUAGUUAAUACAAAUUAAACCAUAAGCAAUAUAAAAUUUAUGAAAAUGUAUACAUAACUGUGAUAUUGUAAGUAGUUUAAAAAUGUGACAAAAUAUAAAAUAAAUAGACAAAAUAACAAGCGCACACUUAUGUUAAUCUAUAAAUGAGUCCAGGAAAAACUUGGAGUAAAGACACUCACAGUCUGGUCAUUGUAUAUGAAAAAUUGUGUAACUAAUAAAUGUGCAGCAGGCAGGUUUGCUAUUUUUUUAACUUUAAGUCAAAGAGGGAAACUUGGAGCCAUAUUGUGAGGCACAGUGAAGAUUAAAAUGAUGAUGGCAGUUUUAUUAGAAAUGUAAAUAAUCUGAGGCAUAAAGGGUAAAAUGAGGUAAUGGUAGGGUCAGAGGCAGGUACUCAGAGGUCCAAGCAGAGGAAUGGCGGCGCUGUACAGCUGUAAGGAGUCGAUCACCAGGGGUAGAGGAAGAGCUACUCCCCCACCAGCUAGUAAGCAGCUUCCAGCCAUGGUAAACUCCAGGAGUUAAGGUUGUGCUGGAGGAAAUACCACACAAAACACUAAGAUAAUUUCUUUUGAGGAAAUGCAAAGGUAAAAUCAAAGUUUGUUAAAAAUGACAAUAUAUAUAUAUAUGUAUAUACCUUGCUUCCACUGAAUAUAAUUUUUCAUUGUUUACAGACGCCUCGUGGGGACCAGGGUGGUGAUGGCUAUCCACAGGCCACUGGGAGGAUGGUUGACCAACAGGGAGACCUGCUGGAUUCUUCCAUCCCCCCGAAUCCUGUGUGGUUCAGCCCAACGUUGCUGGAGGAGAUGGACCGGAUCGUUCCUGCGUCUGGCCUUGACGCUCCGAUACCUACAUGUUCUCCGACGAGGAAGAAGAAGACGAGUCCGAGGCGUCGUCCAAUUUCCGAUCCCUCCAAGCUGAAUCCGGUGGAGCGGCAGAUGGAGGGAGCGCCGAGAGAGACCACCACGCCAGCUCGUCGCCAGGCACGGAGUCCGGUCCCCCCGAUGGACGUCGAGGCCCCUACCGAGUCCUCUUCCGUGCCGCUGGAGGACCAUGUCCGGGAUGGGAGCUGCCAGGCUUCUGCGCUGGAACCCGGGAUCAGCGGUCCACCUGUCCUGUCGGUAAGUGCUACACAUUCUCAAGCCGACAAGAGGUACGCUGCAUUUUCCCGCAAUCACCAGUGCACAUGCAUGGCACUCACAUUUUUAGCUUACCACAAUGAGGGGUUGCAGUUUGACACAGUGUUGCUUGACAGAGUGAUUGAAAAAGGAGACCAACUUUAUGUCGGCGUUAAACAGCAACUGAUCAGUGAUGGAACAUUUCGUGACAAUCACUUGACCUUUGAAGAGAUGCCUGACCAUGUGUUGACAGACGGGAACAUCUAUGCUGUACACACAACUGGUUUAAGGGUAGGUCAUGUUUUUGCUGGUAGCGGGAGCCCUCAAGGAUCUCGACAAUUGGGUUUGCCUCUUGCCCUGCAACUGGAAUGUCUGUCGGAAAAUGUCACCCAUGCUUUUCUUUUGGUGACUCCAGAGUGCAUUGCAGUUUUCAGGGACAGAAGCGGUCGGUUUGGAGUUUUUGAUUCCCACUCAAGAAAUUCAGCAGGCCUGCCCCACCCCAGUGGAACUGCAGUAAUGAUGACUUUCUGCAAACUGUCUGACAUGGUCAACCAUCUGCUGAAGCUCUUUCGAAACCGCGGCCCCAAUGCCACCUAUGAGUUUGUUCCAGUAGGUUUUGUGAGGGAUAAUGAUGACCCUUCUGAAAGGCCAAAUUCUUCUCAGGAUUUAGCCUUUCAGAACAUUUCACCUGGAGGCACAAAAGUAAGUCCAACUGUUUUCAAACCUGAGAGCACUUGUGAAGAGAAAAUGCCUCCUUGGCUUAGGAAAGUUGCAAACGUAUUAGAGGAGACGGCUCCAACCAUUCCAAAUGUGUCAAAAGCAUCAAAAGCCAAGAGAAGAAAGAUUAGGGACAGGGUUAAAGCCCAGCAGGGACAGAAUUUAAAAAUAAAAAUUAAAAAAAGUACAUAUGAAAAAGACAGAUAUGUAAAAUCUCCAACAUUUAGGACCAAAAAGCUACAGGCCUUAAAAGAAUCAUACAUUCUUCAUCAAGCACAGAGGAAGGAUUGCAUCAAAAAUAGAUAUAGGACAGAUACACGAUUCCGGAAGAGACAAAUAAAUUACGUGAAGUCCAGAUUCAACUUUAUCCCCAGCUUAAGAGCCAGUCAGAAAUCCUACAUGGCUGAGUAUAUAAGGGAAAGGUUCAGAAAUGAUCCUGUCUUUAAAAACAGACAAAAAGCAUACAUUAGGAAUCGAUUCAGAAAUGAUCCGGUCUUUAGAAGCAGACAAAAAUCAUACAUCAGGAAUCGAUUUAGAGAUGAUCCGGUCUUCAGAAACCAACACACACAAAAAAUGAGUGAGCAUCUGAGGGAAAAGUAUCACAGAGAACCAAAUUAUAAGGCCCAACAUAAUAAAAAAUGUGCUGCCAGCAGAAGAGUCAGACUAUCAAGACAAGCACUGGCCAAAAAUUUAACACUGCAGCAUGCUUUGCGAAUCAGAAGAAAGUACAAAAGAAAUGUAGGCUUCCACUUUGAAACCCCACGCCCUCUGAUGAGUGACAAAAUGAAAGCUGCGAUACAAAACUUUUAUAAGAACAUACAAAACGGACCCACAUACGUUUGCACUGUGUGUCACAGAGCUCUUUUCCCCAAUCAAGUAAAGCACUGUAAACGAGGUAAAUAUACUAAGAAUAUGCGUGUAGUAGCUGAUUGUCUAACAGGUAUGUAUGUUCAUGUGUGUGGAUCUGCAUGCUCUACCCCAUGUUCUGUACCUGAAGAGAGGAUGGGGGAGUGGAUCUGCUACACAUGUGACAGCCAUCUAACUAGAGGAAAGAUGCCAUCGAUUGCUGCUGCCAAUAACCUUCAUCUGGCUUCGGUUCCCACAGAGCUUGUGGAAUUGAAUGUACUUGAAAGGCAAUUAAUUGCAAAGAUUUUACCUUUUGCAAAAAUUGUUUCCUUGCCAAAAGGACAGCAAAGGGCAAUACAUGGAGCUGUUGUUUGUGUUCCUUCUGACAUGGAAACAGUUGUAAACAGUCUUCCGAGGCCCCGUGAGGAAGCCCAGCUUUUACAGGUGAAGCUUAAGAGAAAAACCAAAUAUAAAGGUUACCAAUAUUUUUACACGGUCAACAUGAAAAAUGUCUUGGCUGCACUGAUAAAGCUUAAAGAGAGUCAUCCGGAUUACAAAGAUGUAACUAUAAAUGAAAGUGCAACAUUUGAAGGUUUCCAAGACGACCAGCCAGUUGAGGACUCUGAUCUACAGGCAGAGGAGGCUGAAAUGGAUGCAGCAACAGACCAGCAGCCUGACCACAUAGGGGCAGAGCAUCAGGCACUUCGCCCUGGUCUGAUCUUGGACACCUGCAUGCAGCCUCCUGACAUAGCACAAGAAGUAUUGUCAUAUGGAGAUGGAAUUUUCAGCAUUGCGCCGGCUCAGGGGAACAAGCCCAUCUCCUUCUUCAGUGUUCCGCGACUUGAAGCCAAGGCUUACCCUGUACAUUUCCCAACUGGAGUAAACACUUUAGAUGAAUCCCGUCGUGUUGCACUUUCACCGAGUAUGUAUUUCAAUGUACGGCUUUUCUCAAUAGAUACUCGGUUUGCCAAAGACCAGAGUUACCUUUUCUUUGCUCAGUUUGUGACAGAAACUCAUAUUGCCAAUGACAGUAUGUCCAUUCAGACAAGAAAAGGUAAACCAAGCACCAAAGAUGGAAAAAAUAUUUCCAGCAAAAUGCUCCAGAACAAAGAGGAGUUGGAAAAACUGAUCCAAAAUAAAGAGGCCACCCGUUUCAUGCAACCCUUGAGAGGAACUCCCGCUUAUUGGGAGAAAGGAUUACGGGAUUUGCACGCCAUGGUGAGGCAACUUGGAAAGCCCACUUUCUUUUGCACAUUCUCUGCUGCUGAAAUGAGAUGGCCAGAAGUCAUUGAGGCCAUCAAAGGUCAACAUGGGGAGCAGGUAAGUUUUUCUGAGCUUGACUGGAAUGCAAAGUGUGACAUUCUUAGAAGUAACCCUGUCACCGUCAUGCGCAUGUUUGAAAAGAGAGUGGAUGCACUUUUCAGAGACCUCAUUCUUUCCCCUUGGACCAGUUGA